CUCCCUCUCCAUCUCACUCACAAAACUAUUUUCCCAUCUCUCUCUCUCUCUCGCAAAUCUUCUUUGCAACUCUUGAGAACCAAAUAGGCAAACAAAAAAAGGACCAAAGACAUUCUGUAAUGGAUAGGCUACCAAAAUGUGAAGCAAACUAUGUGCCUCUCACUCCUCUCACUUUCUUGAAACGAGCCGCUAUGGUUUACGCCAAGCGGACCUCGGUCAUAUACGGCCGAACGCGUUUCACAUGGCGGCUAACCUACGACCGUUGCCUCCGCCUCGCUUCCUCCCUCCGGGCCCUCAACAUCGUCAAGAACGAUGUCGUAUCAGUGUUGGCGCCAAAUGUUCCAGCAAUGUAUGAGAUGCAUUUUGCAGUGCCCAUGGCUGGGGCAAUCCUGAACACCAUCAACACCAGGCUGGAUGCCAAGACCGUUGCCAACAUUCUCAAGCACUCUGAAGCCAAGAUCUUCUUCGUGGACUACGAGUAUGUGCCACUGGCAAGAGACGCCCUCCGGCUGAUUGCCGAGUCUUCCAUGCCCCUUGUUGUCGUCAUCGACGAUGUAGACUCGCCCACCAAGGUCCGCCUCGGCGAGCUGGAAUACGAGCAGCUGGUAUCUAGCGGUGAUCCGAGGUUUGUCCCGAACGAAGUUCAAGACGAGUGGGACCCUAUCGCCUUGAACUACACUUCCGGGACUACUUCGGCUCCCAAGGGGGUUGUGUACAGCCAUAGAGGUGCUUACCUGAGCACUCUGAGCCUGAUUCUCGGUUGGGAAAUGGGGAGCGCACCUGUUUACCUAUGGUCGCUCCCCAUGUUCCACUGCAACGGUUGGACCUUCACGUGGGGAGUGGCAGCACGAGGCGGGACCAACGUGUGCAUGCGCAACACGACGGCCCAAGAGAUGUACGCGAGCAUAGCACUGCACAAGGUUACGCACAUGUGUUGCGCACCAAUAGUCUUCAACAUCCUUCUGGAGGCCAAGCCUAACGAGCGUGUGGCAAUCGCCACCCCCGUGGAAGUGCUCACCGGUGGGGCGCCGCCACCAGCUGCUCUCCUCGAGAAGAUCGAGAAGCUAGGAUUCCACGUCGUUCACGCCUAUGGCCUAACCGAGGCCACUGGACCUGCCCUGGUCUGCGAGUGGCAGGCCCAGUGGAACCAGCUACCGCGCCAAGAACAGGCGAAAAUCAAGGCGCGGCAGGGGAUAAGCAUACUGACGCUAUCCGAUGUUGACGUGAAGGAUUUGGAUACGAUGCAGAGCGUGCCGCGCGAUGGCAAAACGAUGGGAGAAAUCGUCCUUCGGGGUAGCAGCAUCAUGAAAGGGUACUUCAAGGACGAACAAGCAACCUCGAAAGCCUUCCACAAGGGGUGGUUCGUUACUGGCGACGUCGGUGUCAUUCACCCCGAUGGGUACCUGGAAAUAAAAGACAGGUCCAAGGACGUGAUCAUAUCGGGCGGCGAGAACAUCAGCAGCGUUGAGUUGGAGGCGGUACUAUACCACCACCCGAGCGUGCUCGAAGCGGCAGUGGUGGCUAUGCCGCAUCCUCGUUGGGGGGAGAGCCCUUGUGCUUUCGUGGCGCUAAAGAAGGACUCCUCCGGCGUAACGAAGGACGAUAUCCUCGCGCAUUUCCAGAAAAACGUCGCCCGGUUUAUGAUGCCAAAGAAAGUGCAUUUCAUGGAAGCGCUGCCCAAGAAUGCAAAUGGCAAGAUUCAGAAAUUCGAACUAAGGGUUUUGGCAAAGACACUAGUGGUUACAGAGAGCAAUGAGUUGCCCAAAAGGAAAUCCUCCACUCAAGUAAACAGGGGAUCUCAACCAACCCAUUACAGGGAUCAACCUCAUGAACAGAUUCUAGCGAUGUCCCGCCUUUGAAAGCCCAUAUUUACUGCAAGAUUUAAAGCAAUAUUUGGAAUAAGUGAGUGUACAGAGCUUGUUCUAUAUGUUUACGUGGUAUUAGAUUGUAGCAUAAGGGGGAGGCUUAUUGUCCUUUUUCUCCAGGGAAGUUUGGUUGUAACUUGUAAGAUAUUAACAUAUACUAGCAGUGUUUUUUUCAAGACUUUAUUGAAGUUCGAAUUAAGCUA